AUGGCAUGCCAGCUGCAGAAGCAACUGAAGAUUGAAAAUUUCGUAAUCUAUGACCGAGCUACUGAGUUGGGAGGGGCGUGGGCAGCCAACAAAUAUCCUGGGUGCGGAGUCGAUAUACCUGGAGUUUUGUACUCGCUAUCUUGGUUCCCAAAUCCAGAAUUCACUAGCCUUUUCCCAAAACAAGAAGAGAUUCUGGCCUACAUCCAGCGAGUGGCUCUCGCGUAUCAGGUACCUCAACACACGCAGCUUCGGACAGAGUGGACGGGGGCCAAGUGGAUUGAAUCUUCCGGUACCUGGCAUGUGGAUCUUCGCGAUUUGAAAACAGGGGAAUGCUUCCUUCAUGAAGCCAAAAUUCUGAUUUCUGCAGUUGGGGGCUAUACGAACCCCAAAUUUCCAGCCAUGCCUGGAAUCGAGAGCUUCGAAGGUCCUGUGGUUCACACAGCCAAAUGGGACGAAGCGUACGACCUUCGAGGGCUAAAAGUGGCCGUGGUCGGUAAUGGAUGCUCCGGGUCUCAGGUGGUUCCCGCUAUUAUGGAAGAUGUCCACAGUCUGACACAAUUUAUUCGGGCAGAGAAAUACUGGCCGUUACUCACCCCUAAAUACGAUCUUGGAUGCAGGCGAAGAAUCUUGGACAAUCACUACAUUCAAUCGCUCGAUAGCCCCAAAAUGAAGCUUGUCGAGGGUCCAAUAAGUCUUGUCACGCCGAAGAGUAUAAAAACAUCUUCUGGUGAAGAGCAUAACAUUGACUUCAUCAUUCUAGCGACAGGCUUUGAAUUCACACAGUGGCAAGCAAACACAGUUAUUGGACGACAUAAAAAGACACUACAGCAACACUGGGAUGGUAUGGGUGGAGCUGGCGCCUAUAAGACUGUAGCUGUGCAUGGUUUCCCAAAUAUGUUCUAUUUGCUUGGCCCUAACUCGGGCAGUGGACAUACUUCGGUCCUCUUCUCGAUUGAAUGUUCGAUUGAUCUGGUCAUUGAGAUAGCUCGCCCUGUUCUUGAGGACCAGGCGGUUGCAGUCGAGGUUUGCAAAGAAGCCGAGGUUGAGUGGUGUGACACCAUACAAUCGGCUCUGAGAAAAACAGUCUUGACGCAAAGCUGCUUUAAUCAAUACACCGACCCAAAAACUGGAUGGAAUUUUUUCUCUUAUCCCUUCAGUUCACUUCGAUUCUGGGCUGGCUCUCGCUUCCCUGAAAAGAAACAUUGGUCAUAUAGACUAGAUUCUUUCAGGUCAAGAUUAAGGUCAGGGGCUGCAUAG